AUGUCAGUUCAGAAUGGCAACCAUCUUGGCCUUCCUGUUCCCGCAGCUGCACACCUUCUUGGCUCCCUCGAAAAUGGUUCGAACCUACCACCCGGUCAGUCGCCGUCUCAUGAAUCACGAAGCGACCAGACAAAUCUCUCCCCUGCACCGGACGCCGUAAUGGCUGAGACAUCGGGGCAGUCAGGGCUUACAUCUGCGCCUGCGUCCCCACCAUCCAAGUCUGCCACUCCUGACGAUCUGGAGUUCGCAGCAGCAGCACCGUAUGGCACCCGCUCUAGACAACGGACAGGUGGCUCGCGCCCCAAUUAUGCUGAGGAUAAAGACGUCGAGAUGGAUGGUGAGAUGAAUGGGAUCCACAUCAAAGCGAUACCGGCACGAAAGAACGGUAGCUCAGCAGAGAGCUAUCCGGCGGAGAAUCUGUCGGAUUCAACCACGCGACGAGGCCUUUCUGCUGUUAAUGGUGUCCCCAAGCCUGCAUCAGCCAAUGCGCAGGUCCCAAGGGAUUCGUUACCUGGCAUGUCUUCGUUUGCUGCCAACCCGGCACCGAUCACGGCGUCGAAGAAGAGAAAGCAGCCUGGUAGUAGCACGACUAUGACGGCAACGACUAGUCAUUCUAUUUCAGCAAGGCCGAAAGGUUCUGCAGAGACAAGUGCAAGAUUUCAACCGGAGACCAACAUGAUGACAUUUGACCAUUACGGAGGUUACCUCGAUGCCAAUAGACAACUUAAAGCGGACGAUGGUACCGCAAUCUCAAUAAACGACCACGCCUAUUUUGUGUGUGAACCACCGGGAGAACCGUACUACCUUGCGCGCAUCAUGCAGUUCUUACAUGUAAGGAGUGAUCCGAAGGCACCAGUUGAAUCUGUCCGCGUAAACUGGUAUUAUCGGCCGAAGGAUAUACAACGUAAAGUUCAGGAUACUCGGGUGGUGUUCGCUUCUAUGCACUCCGACACCUGUCCUCUGACUGCUUUACGCGGCAAAUGUCAGAUCCACCAUCUGUCUGAAAUCCCUAACCUCGACGAGUAUCGUGUCAAGAAGGACUCAUUCUGGUUCGACAAGCUGUUCGACCGUUACAUCCAUCGCUAUUAUGAAGUCGUCCCAACGAACAAGGUCAUCAACGUUCCGCAGCACGUGAAGAAGGUGCUUGAUGAGAGGUGGAAGUUCGUUCUGGUUGAGAUUGGGCGCGGUAAAGAGCUUACUAGUGCUGUAAAAGCUUGUAAAAAAUGCGCUGGCUAUGCCGCAAACCACGACUCGGUUGACUGCGCAGUAUGCAGGAACACGUAUCACAUGGCUUGUGUUCGUCCCGUACUUACCAAGAAACCCGCCAGAGGAUUUGCCUGGGCUUGUGCUGCCUGCAGUCGGGCACAGGAGAGAAAGCUGGAAGCGCGACACACGCCUAUAAUCGGGGAAGCCGCCGCGGAAGGGGACGAAGAAGUCCCAGAAGAGGACGAAGAGGAUGCCAUCGCGCGCUUACAGGUCACCCGAGCAAGUAGCGCUGCGGUAGAAGAGCGUGGUCAUCCACCUGCAACUGCGGAACAGAUUGCUCAAGCAGUUCUGUGGCCCUACAGAUACCUGGGUGUUCACAGCAAACCAGAAGAUGCACUGGAUUAUGACGACCGGAUAUAUCCUCGAGCAAGUUCUCGACUGGGCCCAAGGCAUCAAGCCAAUGUUACUGUGUGGCACGGUCGUCCGGUGGAGCUGGUCAAAUCCGCAGACAUUCGCAAGAAAUACGUCAAACCGCCGAGCCACAAAAAAGAUGCCUCAAAACCGUCUAAGGAGACCCUGGCUUUGUUGGAAGCCGAUGGAGAAAACAGACUGAGGCGACCAAAGUGGGUCAUGGAUGAGCCCCCAGGUUACGUUGCCCGGGGUGAAGACUAUCCAGUUGAGGUCAAAGGAAAAAAGGACAGAGAGUACACAGCACAAGUCAUAUUCAAAAUGCCUAAUGAGUCCAAAUUCACUUCAAGGGGCGAUGACGAUUAUCCUGAUUCGAUGGGGACGUUGUCUGCUCCAGAGAAGCUUGUGGACGAUUAUAUGGAGCGCGUGAAACCUAUUGCGCGGCAGUAUGAACUGUCAGAGUGGUCUACAAAUUUUCUGACCAAGGCCGUUGAGAAGCUGUACGAAAAGAAUUAUGACAUCGAGGCGGCUCUUUCGGCAAUGAAGUCAUUGCACAUCAGAAAUGACUUGAAAGAGCCAGAUCUCAGCAAAGAGGAGAUCAAACGUUUCGAAGAAGGGGUUAUGAAAUACGGCUCGGAGCUACAUAACGUGUCCAGGCAUGUUGGACCUGGAGUGAAACACUCACGGAUUGUUCGAUUCUAUUACAUGUGGAAGAAGACUGAUCGAGGACGGCAGAUUUGGGGCAAUUACCAGGGGCGAAAAUCGAAAAAGGAGUCUAAGAAACUUGAUGAAGUCAAGCACAAAGAUGGUAACGCUAUCAAACUGCUCGACGAUGUGGCUGACGAUCACGAUGAUUCGGCGUUUGAUACUGCAAAGGCAGGUCGCAAAAAACGUGGUUUCAUUUGCAAAUUCUGUUCUACGAAAACAUCGCGCCAAUGGCGCCGCGCCCCUGCCACGGCUCCUGGCACGUUGGUUCCUGGAGAUUCGUCGUCUAAGAGCUCAAAGGACAAAGGCACUUGGCUGGCACUUGCCCUCUGUGGUAGGUGUGCCUACUUGUGGAGACGCUACGCAAUCCAGUUCGAAAGUAUCGAAGAAGUCUCAAAGAAGAUUGCGGCCGCCGGUGGUCGUGCUUCCAAGCGGCGCAUUGACGAGGAGCUCAUGAGGGCAAUCGUCGAAGCUCAACAGGAGUCGGGCGAUACCAUCAGUAGCAGCACAGCGGCGGUCGCAGCCUCUGCAGGCGUGGAGGUACCGCCAACCAUCAUACAUAUCCCCGAACCCACAAAGAAGAAAGCAAAAAUCGAGAAGGAUACUCCAGCAAGUACGCCGGAAGCUGUGGUAGAAAAGAAGAAGGUUGCACCAGAGAAGCCGCCCGAGCCGGCGCCCCUCAAACCAGAGCCACCCAGGGUGAAAAUUCUUCCCUGCGCAGUGUGCGGGCUGAUUGAACUCCCUGGCGAUGAUUAUCUAAGUUGUCGAGACUGUCGGUUGGCCGUGCAUAAGUCGUGUUAUGGAAUCCACCGCGAUCGAAAUCCUAAGAAGUGGUGUUGUGAUAUGUGCUCCAACGAUCGUAACACUAUGGUCUCCACCACCUAUGAAUGUGUGCUCUGUCCUGUCAAGUACACGCCGCAUGAGUUGAUGGAACCACCGAAGAUAUCUCACAAGAAGAAAACUGAUCGAGAACGAGAGAAGGAGCGGAAAGAGAAAGAAAUGGUAGAAGAAGCCGUACGACUUUAUCGACAGGAGCAGGAAGCUGCUGGCCGGCCAGCCAAUCCGCGUGAGGCCCUGAAGCGGACCGCCUGGAACAACUGGAUGCAUGUAAUCUGUGCACUGUGGACUCCGGAAAUCAAGUUCGGCCAAUACGAGCUGCUUGAGCCUGCCGAAGGCGUGGGCUUCAUCGCUCCAGAGAAAUACGAUCCGAUUUGCAAAUUUUGCAAAUCAUCUGGGCAGUAUCCUGUCGUCUCCUGUCACCUCUCAACCUGUAAUGCUCAAUUUCACGUCGGUUGUGCUCACCAGGCGGGUGCUAUCUUUGGUUUCGAUGUCACGCCUGUCAAAAGUUCGAGGAGAGACGUCGUCACAACAAUUAAACUUGGAGAGGAGGUGGGAUCUGCCACUGCAGCUAUUUGGUGCUCCCAUCACGCUGUUCAGACAAUACAGCAUUCCAUGGUUGAGCCCACUGACGAAGGGAUUUCCGCAUUACAGCUUUUCGCCCGGAACUUCAAACAUGUCGACGAGAGCAUCACAGGCACUGUUCGAAGAGCGGCUCAAUUCGUCUCGCAUAACACUUCUACAACAGCUCAUGCUCCACUUUUGACUGCUCGGCGGACGUCAGCCGUCAAUGGAUAUAAAAGUGACCAGCCGGCGCCAAACGAGAAAGUCAUCACCCGCAGCAUUCGAGGUUCACCUGCAGAUUCGUUACCAAAGUCGGCAGACGAGGGCGUUACAGGUGCUUCCGAUACCGCUGUAGCCAAUACAGACAACGCAACAAGCGAUCGAAGUAAAGAGUGCCGCACUUGCGGAGCAACAACCAGUCCAAAAUGGUGGCUAGUCCGCCGGCCGCAGCACUCUCACACAUCUGACAAGGAUGUCAACGGAGUCCAGCAAAGCACCAACGGCGUCUCAGCUCCUGAGGCAACAUAUCAACAACUCUCUCUGGGGAAUAAGCCGUCCACAGCCAAACAAACAACAACCUUUGAAUCAUCAUCAUCAUCAUCAUCCAGGAACGGCAUUAUCAAAGCAGAACCGGCCGCGUCUUUUGAGCUAGAUGGCAUCAUGGAAGUGGACGAGCCUGAGGAAAGGCUUUAUCAAUGCCACAAAUGCCACCUGACCAGAAGAUCACCUCCGCCAGCCCCGCCAUCUCCCGAUGCUGCGGUGCGCAUACCGAAGGCGGUCCAACCGCCCAGUCCUUCCGCCGUGAGCCAACAGCCAAUCUUCCAUCAAUCAUCAGACUACCCGACUCCGCUCAAUCAAAUGCAUUCGCACCCACCACCGCAUCCGGAAACCUCCUGGCCACGUCCUGUAGAGACUCCAUAUAGGCCGUGGCCUUCGGAGCCAGUUGUAACACACAUGCGGAACGGCCCUCCAUCGUCGCACCCGUCUCCAGGCCGGGCGAAUGGACUUCACCAUGUCCUACCACCUUAUGCACACCCGCCACCUUCAAUGACUGGACAUAGUUCCCAGCACCCUCCUCUACCGCCUCCUCCCCCUCGUAGCCACCCUCCUCGCCAUCACGCUUCAUCAAGAUCAUCAUACCCGCCUCCGCAUUACUCACCUCCCUCAUAUCCACGUCCAACAAAUGCACAUCUCUACUCGACUUCGCCUCCUCCGCCGCCGCCACCACCACCAUCGCGUCCCGAUCCGCAUGUCAGAUCCCCACCGUCAUCCAUGACUAUGCCACCGAGGUCCUUUCAAGGCUAUCCUCGGCCACCGCCAGAGAGGGAAUCCAAUCAGGGGCACUCUUACACCCAUUCGCAUGCGCAUUCACGCUCCAGAGGACAUAGUCUGGAUGGCUACGGGUAUGCUCCCCCGCACGGGAGGUUAGCUACUCCCCCCCCUCCUCCGCGGGAGGUGAACAUGGAUCGAGAUCACAGACCGCGGCGUGAUGCAGAGAGGGAUAGGGACAGGGAAAGGGAAAGGGAAAGGGAAAGAGAAAGGGACAGAGAGCGGGAGCGGGAAAGCCAUCGAGAUAUCGAACGUGGUCACGACCAUGACCGUGAAAGAUAUGAGAUGGAGAGGGACAAAGGACAUGAACGUGAACGUGACCGAGAUCGUGACCGUGAUCGUGAUCGAGAGAGGUACGAGAGGGAGAGGGAGCGCCAAAGACCUCCACCCGGGGCUAGUGCGAGUCCGAGUUUGAAGAAUUUGCUGUCCUGA